AUGACAUCGUCAGGCAUUGGUGACAUGUUAUUAGAAAAAUCUGAACAGCUAAAACAACAGAAAGAAAAAGUAACAAUUACAGUAACACCAGCGACAAAGAAAACAACAAAAGGCUUUGAAAUUAACUCACCCAAAAGUCUUACACCAAGUGGCUCAGGUCGCAAUUCACCAGAUGAUGAAGCAAAACUUAUGAAAGCGAAGGAAGCGAUCAGAAAUGCUCGUGAAUUAUUUGAAAAAGAACGUGGGGAAGAGAAACAACAAGUUCAUUUGGUUAUCAUUGGACAUGUUGAUGCCGGAAAGUCUACGAUGAUGGGACAUUUGUUAUAUGACUUGGGAAAUGUUCCACAACGUGUUAUGCAUAAAUAUGAGCAGGAAAGUAAGAAAAUUGGUAAGCAAAGUUUCAUGUAUGCGUGGAUUCUCGAUGAAACUGGCGAGGAAAGAACACGAGGCAUCACCAUGGAUUGUGGCUUUCAAAGAUUUGAAACACCUACAAAGCAGAUAACACUUCUCGAUGCUCCUGGUCAUCGCGAUUUCAUCCCCAACAUGAUAUGUGGAGCGACUCAAGCUGAUUGCUCCAUUCUCGUUGUCGAUGCAACUCGAGGUGAAUUUGAAACUGGAUUUGAACAAGGUGGACAAACAAGAGAACAUGCGUUGUUAGUUCGAUCAUUGGGCGUCAGUCAAAUUUGUGUUGCUGUUAAUAAACUUGAUAAUGAGAAUUGGUCUAAAGACAGAUUCGAUGAUAUUGUAGGUAAACUCAAAAUCUUUCUUAAACAGGCUGGUUUUAAAGAAUCAGAUGUGACUUACAUACCAUGCUCCGGAUUGACAGGUGAAAAUCUCGUAAAGCCAGCAAGUGUUAAAGAGUUAACAAUGUGGUACAAUGGACCAACAUUGUUGAAUGUUGUUGACAAUUUUAAGACUCCCGAGCGAUCAAUUGACAAAGCAUUCCGAAUGUCAGUGUCAGAUGUUUAUAAAGGUUUGACAUCAGGCUUUUGUCUCUCAGGUCGUAUUGCAAGUGGACACGUUUGUGUCAAUGACAAAAUUAUUGUGUGCCCGUCGAAAGAAUUAGGACAAGUUAAGAAUCUUACAAUAGACGAGAUGCCUGUAAAUGCAGCAUUUGCUGGUGAUCAAGUAUCAGUGACACUUUCAGGUGUAGAUGCCUCCAAUGUAUCGAUUGGCUCGAUCCUUUCCGAUGUGAAUAAUCCAGUUCCAUUAGCGACAAAGAUUCAAGUGAGAAUUAUUGUGUUCAACGUCAAAACUCCAAUAACAAUCGGAUAUCCAGUUUUACUACACCACCAUUCGUUGGUUGAACCUGCUACUGUCUCAAAACUCAAAGCACAGCUACAUAAAGGAACGGGGGAGGUCAUCAAGAAGAAUCCAAGAGUUUUAGGGAAUAAUUCAUGUGCAUUAAUUGAAUUAUCUUUCCAACGCCCAAUAGCAAUUGAGCGUUACUCAGAUUUAAAGGAAAUGGGAAGAGUGAUGUUGAGAGUAGGUGGUGUAACCAUUGCUGCUGGUCUUGUCACUGAUAUCGUGAAUUCUUGAAAAACAAAGAAAAAUUUGUGUCUUCAUUGAGUCUUAUCGAAAUAAAAAUAAAAUUCGAAGUUAAGAAAA